AUGUUUGCGAGGCCUUUGUUACUUCUAUUGUUUAUACCAGGCGUGCCGGCAAUUUUGGGAUUGAGUUGGGACCAUUUUUGGUGGUUUUGUCAUUUUGACGACGACAACUACGUGAACGUGCCGAAAUUGGUGAAACUUCUGGGACGUUACGAUCCCCAAGAAAACGUUUACUUGGGUAAACCUUCUAUCCCUGCCCCGUUGGAGAUCCCCGGGAAGGAUCCUUCCUCGGUAAGUGCAUUUCUCCACCUCAUU